AUGAGUCUUGGUAGUCCAAGUGAACUGCCUGCUUACAGCGAUUUAGUCUCGUUUCUAGAAAAACGCAUUCUUGGAUUGGAAGCAGUGGGGGCAGCUGCCAAGAAUAAAUCGAAAGAUUUUUCACAAAAAUCACCACACAAUCAAGCUGUGCGAAGUCAUCAAACGAGCUUUGGCUCAUGCUGUUCGGGUAAGCAUACGCUCAUGUACUGCCCGGAUUUCCGCAAGAAAACAUCUUCAGCAAAAUUAGAUCUGGUUCAUAAGGCAAAACUUUGCAAAAAUUGUCUAAAACUAGGCCACACUCUUGACGAGUGCUCAUCUACUUAUACAUGCCAAAGGUGCAUGCAAAAACAUCAUACACUGUUGCAUGACAGUCUUUCUACGCAACCCAACAAGGUUGCUACUCAUCAUACGCGUUCCGAUUAUUUAAUACAGACACCAAACACAAAUGAUCUCACAUCUGUUCUGCUUGCAACUGCGGUUAUUGGAAUACGCUCUCCCACAGGGCAUGAACUCCAACUGCGGGCGCUUCUGGACAAUGGAUCACAGGCAUCUUUCAUCAGCGAGUUUGCAGUUCAACAACUACACCUUCGCAGAGCCCGUCUUCAAGUACCCAUCACCGGUAUAGGCGGCUGCCGUGUAGGUGAGUCUAAUGGCGUAGUUCAUUUCUCAUUACAUUCACUUACAGAACCCGAGUUCAACGUCGAUUGUUCGGCUCUGGUCCUGCCCCGCUUGGGACAUCUCAUGCCGUUAAAACGUGUCGAUCCAAAACCAUAUUCGGAAUUUCUCGAUCUGCCAUUAGCCGAUCCAAACUUCUUCGAACCAGGGUCUAUUGAUGUCAUCAUCGGCGCAGACCUCUACGGUCUCCUUUUGCGCAACGACAUCAAACGCUCUGCCAUCAACAAAGUUACCGCACAGAAUACUCACUUAGGAUGGGUAAUCUACGGGCGUCUGCCCCACACAUCUACACUACUCCGGGCCACCACGUUUUGCGCUACAGCCACUACUGAGCUCAACAAUUUGGUUCAGCAACUGUGGAAGUUCAAUGAAUGUGAGGACGUGGAAGGCUCAUCCUCAAUGACGCAAGACGAAAUUUACUGCGAGAAGCUAUUUGAGCGUACAGUGUGUCGCGAUCUUUCCGGGCGCUAUCACGUUCAAUAUCCCUUUAAGGAGUCCUGUGACCUUGCCGCUCUAUGCGAUUCUAAAUCAGAUGCCCUUCGACUAUUCGCAUACCAACAAGCGCGCCUUCAAAACAAUGCCACACGGAAUGAAAUGUAUACAGCGUUUAUGGCUGAGUACUGA